AUGAGCAAUACCGGUGCAGAUGAUGAGCCGGCGGGGCUGGAGGGCUACCUCCAGAAAAAGGGGGCCAAGGGCCUGCGCAAGACGUGGAAGAAGCGGUUCUUCCGGCUCGACUCGACGCGGCUGUACUACGGCAAGAGCCCAGAGGACGAGCCGAUCUCGUUCAUCUCGUUGGCGAUGAUGACUCAGGUGGAGCGGCAGCCCGGCAACGUGGCGCCGCCGUCCAAGAAGCUCAAGGACGCGCUGUUUGAGGUUGUUACCCGCGAGCGGCGGUACCAGCUGUGCGCGAGCUCGGCUGCCGAGUCUGCCGCUUGGGUGCAGGCCCUGAAGGCCAUGCAUCGAUACCACUACGUGGAGCGCGACCGCGGGUUGUCGAACAUGGACGAGAUGCGGAGCGCACUGGCUGCUGCGCAGCGCGACGACGAGGACGAUUCAGACGACGAGGCUGGCGACAUGGCCGAGGCGGAGCCGGUGCGACGGGCGACGGUCAAGGUCUCGGGCUACAUCAAGAUCAAGGUUCAAGCCGAAGGCGGGCCGGUCAAGACGGUGCUUCUCGCUGCCAACAAGAGCGUAGUUGAGCUGAUAGCCAAGGCUGCAGCCAAGGUUGGAUUUACGGGGUCGGACGCGGUGCUCCGUGUCUGCAGAAGCGGCGAGCUUGUGAGCAGCGGGCUUACUGUGGGCGAGGCGUGUGAAAACUAUCGACUUGGGCCCAGAGAUGGAGAUGCUGUGCUUGUUGUUUGCGAUAAGACUGGUACCCAGGUGAAUGCCGAGGAAGAUGAGGCUGUGCCAGCGAAGGCUGAGGAAGAGGCUGCUGCUGAGGCUGCCCGGGUGAAGGCCGAGGAAGAGGCUGCUGCUGAGGCUGCUCGAAUCAAGGCCGAGGAAGAGGCUGCUGCUGAGGCUGCCCGGGUGAAGGUCGAGGAAGAGGCUGCUGCCGAGGCUGCUCGAAUCAAGGCCGAGGAAGAGGCUGCUGCUGAGGCUGCCCGGGUCAAGGCCGAAGAGGAGGAGGCUGCCCGGGUCAAGGCCGAAGAAGAGGCUGCUGCCGAGGCUGCUCGAAUCAAGGCCGAAGAGGAGGAGACUGCCCGGGUGAAGGCCGAAGAAGAGGAGGCUGCCCGGGUGAAGGCCGAAGAAGAGGAGGCUGCCCGGGUCAAGCCCAAGGAAGAGGCUGCUGCUGAGGCUGCUCGAAUCAAGGCCGAAGAAGAGGAGGCUGCCCGGGUCAAGGCCAAGGAAGAGGCUGCUGCUGAGGCUGCUCGAAUCAAGGCCGAAGAAGAGGAGGCUGCCCGGGUGAAGGCCGAAGAAGAGGAGGCUGCCCGGGUCAAGGCCGAAGAAGAGGCUGCUGCCGAGGCUGCUCGAAUCAAGGCCGAAGAGGAGGAGACUGCCCGGGUGAAGGCCGAAGAGGAGGAGGCUGCCCGGGUCAAGGCCGAAGAAGAGGAGGCUGCCCGGGUGAAGGCGGAGGAAGAGGCUGCUGCUGAGGCUGCUCGAAUCAAGGCCGAAGAAGAGGAGGCUGCCCGGGUGAAGGCCGAAGAGGAGGAGGCUGCCCGGGUGAAGGCUGAGGAAGAGGCUGCUGCCGAGGCUGCUCGAAUCAAGGCCGAAGAGGAGGAGGCUGCCCGGGUGAAGGCCGAAGAGGAGGAGGCUGCCCGGGUCAAGGCCGAAGAAGAGGAGGCUGCCCGGGCUGCUCGAAUCAUGGCUGCUGCUGAGGCUGCUCGAAUCAAGGCCGAAGAAGAGGAGGCUGCCCGGGUGAAGGCCGAAGAGGAGGAGGCUGCCCGGGUCAAGGCCGAAGAAGAGGAGGCUGCCCGGGUGAAGGCGGAGGAAGAGGCUGCUGCUGAGGCUGCUCGAAUCAAGGCCGAAGAAGAGGAGGCUGCCCGGGUCAAGGCCAAGGAAGAGGCUGCUGCUGAGGCUGCUCGAAUCAAGGCCGAAGAAGAGGAGGCUGCCCGGGUGAAGGCCGAAGAAGAGGAGGCUGCCCGGGUCAAGGCCGAAGAAGAGGCUGCUGCCGAGGCUGCUCGAAUCAAGGCCGAAGAAGAGGAGGCUGCCCGGGUGAAGGCCGAAGAGGAGGAGGCUGCCCGGGUGAAGGCUGAGGAAGAGGCUGCUGCUGAGGCUGCUCGAAUCAAGGCUGAGGAAGAGGAGGCUGCUCGAAUCAAGGCUGAGGAAGAGGCUGCUGCCGAGGCUGCUCGAAUCAAGGCCGAAGAGGAGGAGGCUGCCCGGGUGAAGGCCGAAGAAGAGGAGGCUGCCCGGGUGAAGGCUGAGGAAGAGAAGGCUGCCGAGGCUGCUCGAAUCAAGGCUAAGGAAGAGGAGGCUGCCCGGGUCAAGGCUGAGGAAGAGAAGGCUGCUGAGGCCUCUCAAAUCCACGCUGAAGAGGACACUGCUUGGACCGAGACUAAGAGCGAGACCACUCCUCUCAGCGCUGCUGAUGAAGCCGCCGAGGCCAAGCACUCCACCCAGUCCACUUCCUCGUCCCAAACUCGCGCCAACUCCUUGAUUCGCUCGCGCUCCACCCGGGUCGCUUCCAUCGACAACACACGCGCAGCCGCUGAGGUUGCUGUCGCCCUGGUGGCGGGUGCUCCGACCGUCCCAAGCCGCAACCGAUCGACAAAGUCGUCGGCUGCAAGCGCAGGCUCACCCGACGAUGCCGCACUCGCCUCUGCCGCUGCCAAGGCCCGUGCUCGGCGCGCAGCUCGCACGGAGCGCGUCAACUCUACCUGGAUCUCUUUUGAUGCACCGAACACUACCGCCAAUCCGGCCGACGAUGCUCCGCCGGCUGAGCGUAGCGGCUGGCUCCACAAAAAGGGCGCAAAGCGCUGGCGCAGAAGCUACCGCAAGCGCUGGUUCCGCCUCCAAGAGAAUCGCCUGUACUACUUCCACGAGCCGUCUGAUCCGGACCACAUCGCCUACAUCUCCCUCGGCAAUGUCCUGCACUUUCAGGCGUACUCAAACGCGGAGCCAAACAAGUUCAAGGGCUGCGGCUUUCAGAUCGUAACCCGCGACAGAACCUACGAGCUCAUGGCUGAGAGUCCGGCCGACAAGGAAGAGUGGGUCCGCUGCCUCAUCACCGCCAAAACCUACUACUACGACCUUCGCAGCCGCGUUGUUUCCGCUGUCCCAGAAGACUCGCUCCGCGCUGCGCUUGCCGAUCUCGGUGACGAGUAUUCGUCACACGACGAUGACUGGGUCGACCUCGAUGACUCAAGCUCGGGCUCGCUACCAGAUGCCCAGCACUUUACCAACGGCUCCGACGACGGCGUGGCAGAUGGUUCGGACGCAGACGCCGAGUCGGCCGCUGAAGCCCCGCCGCUUCCGCUCUCCGGCUACCUACUCAAGCGUGGCGAGCAAACCUCAUCGGUCGCCUCUGCCCUUACCAACCGUUUUGCCCUUCGUUGGAAGAAGCGCUACUUUGCGCUCCGCAACAAUCGCCUCUACUACUACAAGGACGCCGACGACGAGCAGCCGACCUCGUCUAUCGGCCUGGCCGAGGUAAGCGAGUUUCGCAUCUCCAAGACCACGACCUCCUCCAAGUACCGCGGCUGCGGCUUUGAGCUCGCAACUACCGCCAGAGUCUACGAACUCCUCGCCUCCUCGCCUGAUGAGAUGCGCAUGUGGCUCGAGACCCUCGUCAAGACAAAAGCGUGGUACGCUGCCCAGCGUGAGUCUGCCGCCCCCGGCGAAGCCCCUUGGAGCGACGAUGGCGAGGUGGAGAGUGGCGAGGCAGGCAGGGUCUCGUCCGACGACGACACUUCCCUCCCGCUCUCGUCUUCCGAUGCCAUCUCGCCAUCGGUAGCUGCUGCUGCUGCUGCCGCUGCUGCGGCUGCCGCAACUGCGACUGCCGUGUCGGUGCCGGCCCGUCCUGCGCGUCGCAAGUGGGUCCUCACCCCGGAAAUCUCCGCAGCCGCGGACCAGCUCGUCGCCCUCGUCCCGCCAGGCUCUGCAGAAGCCUCGGAACUGCCGCCAGUCACCCCUGACGGUGCCCACUCGACGAGCUCGUCGGCGCUUCCACUCCCACCACCGCCGCCAUCGCCGCUGGAGGCUGCCGAGCUUCACCUCUGUCGCCUCCGGCGCGCUGCGACUCUGUCUGCCGCCGCCGGUCACGGCCGGCUCCGUUCCGAGCGCGGCUCUGACGUGCUUGACGACAGCUUCUGGCUCCCGAUCCUGGGCGCACUCACCAGCGGCGGCCUUGACGUCUCGUCUCCCUCUUGCCUCCGCCUCAUCUCGCUCAUCAACGCCCAGGCAAUUGCUCUGCCAGCAGACGUCGACGCAAGCCUGCCUGGCGGCUGUGACGCGAGCCACGAUCCCGACACCGCUGGCGGCCGAUCGGCUGCCCCGAGCGUUGCUUCGCUCGCGCUUGGCGAUUUUGCGCUGAGCUGGAACGUUGACGACGAGAGCUGGAACCUGACCCCAGAGACUUGGGCUGAGCUCCCGCCCUACACCCUCUCGAUUCAUUCGCUCGAAACCGUGGUCGCCUCGGGCGAGUCGCAGCUUGUUGUCAUUGCCCCGCAGCUCGUCGCCUUGUUUGAUCCCGACCUCGCCGACUGGAGCCUUUUCUCGCUCCCGGCUUCCACCCAUCUUGCACCUGGCGACGCUCUCGCUGCUGGGGUAAGCGUCGACUCGGCUCGCAUCUUUGACACACUGUUCCCCUCUGAGUCGGACGCUGCUUGGCGGCGAUGGCUGUCAGACGACGCGAGUGGCGAGCAGCACCCUUUGCGGGCGAGCCCACUCGAGCCCGCCACUCCGCCGCGAGUGGCUGCGCUUGCCUCCACCGGCUCACCUGCCACCGCGCCUUUUACACCCAGCUCGCCGUCAGGGCUCGAGCCCAAGGACGAACUGCUCGCCAAGGUCUCGACGGCCGUCUCGGGACUCAUUGCGCACUUUGCUGACGCCGAUGUCGUCGGCCAGCCCGACGCCGCGCUCGAGGCCGGCGACGAUAGCAUCAACCGCAAGAUUGUCUCGCUGGUCCGCGGCGAGCUGUGCGCCGCGCUCGCAUACGUCUUUGCGCACGAGUUCAAGUUCAAACGCAGGUUCCGCAAGUACCGGUUCUGGGACUUUAUCACCGACGCGUGCUCAAUAGCCUCGCUCACCCGCAUGGGUUACGCCGACAACGACGCCGCGCUCGCGCUCCACGACACUGUUGCCGCGCUUGCCGGCUCGGCUCAGGGCGACAACCCGUCCAUGAUGUUCCGCACUCUCAUUGCGCUCGGUCUUAAUGCUCGUUACCUCGACAUUUGGAUGGCUGUCCUCGCCGCAAAUGGCGCCGUCAUCGCCAAGCACUACAACGCGGGCUCCGCCUUUCUCGGUGACUCGGCCUAUGUCCAGCCGCUGGUGGCCGUCGUCGAACCGCUUGCCUCGCUCCCGUUUACCCUUACCGCAGACUACGAGCUGCGCCGUCGCAGAUAAAAUGCAGGGCACUUCUGCA